CUUUUUGUAUGUGUAUUUGCUAUGUCUUUUUAUUUCUCUGAGUAAUGUAUACGUCAGGCUGAUGGAAAAGACGAACAAGUAUUGUGUAGGAAGUUUCUCUCGUUGGAAGUUUCUCUCGUUGGAAACUCGCCAGAGUAUGACCUGCUAGAUAAGUAACAGAAUAUAACUAACUGCGAUACCGGAUAAUAAGUUCAUUUUUACAGUAGCAGUUUACUAUUUAUGAAAAGCAAGAUAUGAUUGUUUGGUGAAGCAAAGCUUUCCUUAUCACUGCCCGUUCCUUAAACUUGAAACAAAGAUUUUCUUGGAUUUUAUUUCAUUCUUUCCUGUUUUUUAACUUAAUUCAUCUUUUGAUAUUUUUCCAUUAAUGUUUUAAUUGGAAAUUCCCUAUUUAUGCGCUCACAAUAUUGCUUUUUAUUGUCAUUUUUCAAAAGCACCAAUGAAAAAUAUCUUUUUCCAACUGACUGAAUAUGUUGAACUAUCUGAAAAAAUAACAUUAUAAUAGUUUGGCAUACUUAUCCGACAGGUGAAUCGUGAGCAAAGGUUUAGGAGACAGAUAUGCAAAUUAACGCGAAAGCGAAAGAUAUCAUUUGGAAGAGGCAAAUGUAUUUGCACAAUUUACUGUGAUAUUUUCCUAUCGGUUGUUACAUAAUUUACGGCUUUGAGUGGCUAGCUUCUUACAGCACUGUUGGCUGUGGUUGUGGUGAAUGUUUGUGUUGAGAUAGUUCACAGUUGACAAUUAAAUGCACCUCAAUACCGAAAUGUAGCUCGCUUUGAUUUGCUGUUCUGAACUUUGAGAAGGUAGAGAGUAAAAACAAUGUAAGAAUGGGAUGGGGGGAGCUUUGCCCUUUCGAAGCAUGUGCUUUUUGACGCUCAAGACUGUGUUUUCAAGAGUAUGUUUGCGGUUUUACGUUUCCAGUACAUCUUAUAGUAUAAGAUAAUAUAAUGAAACUUAGAUGCUUAGACUCGCCAUCCGAACGUCCAUUUUAGUUAGGCAUGUCAUUGCUUUUAGCUAAAAGUCCAAGCAAAAAAUUUUGCUCAAAGCCGUUUUAAUUUCUUGUACAAUAAUUUCCCCGUCCUUCUUCUGUAAAAAACCAAUAUUGUUUCGAAAGUAGUACAUCUGUUUCAUUGAGCCUAUUUGAGUUUCAUUUGGCACUAAGAAUAAUCUUCGAUCAUUUAUUUAUAGCCCUGCUGGCCCUGUGAAUCGGUCCUAGUCUUGCAAAACAUUAAGACCCUUAAAAUGGAGAAUAAAGUGCAUAUUCAUAAAGGAUUUAUGGGUUAGACCUGAUUCGAAACACAUUUGCAUUGCUGAUUCUCUUCUCACGCAGCCAUAGCUGUUAUUUGCAUAAGUAGAGUCAAUCUUUCUAAAAAGGGGUGUUUGAUCACUUAUUGCAAAUAUUCAAAUAUUGAGGUAAUAGUAUGCCCAUAUUCUGCUUUAAUAGUUUUUCCAUUUGCAGAGUGGCCUUGAAGUUUUUUGCAUCGAAAUGUUUUAUAGAAAAUGGUACUAACUUGAUUAUUUGUCACCAGUGAACGGCAAAAGAAAGGGGUCCGGCGAUAGAAAGCUUGGUACAUAGCUGGCAGGUAGGCAUAUGGACGUAUAGUUAUGCGAUUGUAAGGUCGCUUAAGGUCAUUGUAGUUUAUCGACUCGUCUGUUAGAUUUAGAACCAUAUACGUUUUUAAUGCUGUCAAGGAGAAUAUUCACUUUUUGUUUCUAUUUUAUAAACUUUUGGUUCUCUUCAUUGGCCAAGAGAAGCUUCUUGCUCAACAUAUUAAAUCAAUUAAUUUUUGCAUUUAUAUGAAAUUAAAAAUUUUCCUAUUACGUUUCGGUUUCCAAUCCUUGGUCCAUUAAGAUGGUCGAAGGAAGGGAAGUUUGCACUUUCCGGCUCCUUUCGACAAUGUAUAAAUGAACUAUUCACUUGAAGAAACUUAUAGCUUACCCCCGGAUUAAUACAAUUGCUAGAUAUUUUCAUCCACAUUGAAACGGGACAGACAGUGCAGAGAAACUGCUUGUUGCUAGUCAGUGCACUUUUGCUGUAAGUAAUUCUUGUCUUUCACUUUGUAAGGGCGUUAAGUUGAAAGUAAGCUAUUUCUUUUCAAUUGGUACCAAAAUUCUGAUAUCUGAUUGGUUGCCUAUGAUGUAUAUUUAUUUCACAGUUUCCGCACUCAUUUAGUGUUGUUGGUCCAAAAUAUAUUCAUUUUUCCUCUCAAAGGUAUAGAGUUCUUAAGUGUUGUGUUCAUGAAAAUCUAUUUUUACAAGUUUUGCCUACAUACAGUUUUGACUGUAUGGGUCCACAAACCACAAGGUAAGCACGACUGUAUUUCGUUAGCAUAAAAUUACAUUUGAAGGCUUUUUCUGUAUGUUGACAGAGCCUUGUUCAUGAUUUCUGAAGCACUGAGAGGCCACCGGCUUAUUUCACAACCUGUUUAGUGGCGAGUGGGUUUUCGCAUAUGUCAUCAUUUGUUCUGGAUGCAAACGAAAUAUUUUGUUGACAAUAACGAAAUAUUUAACAGAAAGAAAGUUCUUCUAUUGCAACAGGUGGGUUUGUUUUACGUAUAUUUGCAUUGUAUUUAUUUGUUACGACGCUGACUUUUGAAGUUUAUUUCAUUCUUGUCAUUGGUAUGCCACGGUUAUCAAUAAUUUAAGGCAGUUUGAUUAUUCCUUGAUUAAAACAUAAUUUGCUCUAAGGUUGUUAAAAUUUUUAAUUUUCUGUAACACUGUCAAAGCAACUUUACAUGUUAAGUUCAAACUAUGACCACGUGGUCUUUCUCAAGCGUAUUUGAUACCUUAUUAACAUAUAAUCAGCAACACGUGUCUUUCGAGACUCGCUGAGGCCAAAGUGGCUUAUACUUACGGAUUUGUAGAGAUUGACAGAUCGACGUACAUUUGUGUUAAAGCAGUCAUGACUUUACAUUAAUCGUUUCUAGCAGGUAUUACUUUUUACAAUUCUAUGGUUUAUAAGAACCCGUUGCUUGUUGCAAAAGUAUUGAAUUUACAUUGGGAACUGUAAGCAUGUGUAUGUUUUAAUAUUUACACGGAAAAACCCUGGGUGUUAUCUACACAAGGCACUCUUGCUCUGUGAACAACAAAUCUAAGCCUCUUCUAUGACGUCACCAGGAGGCUAUUUCGGCCUGCAAUGCACAGUACUUGUGACUUUCAAACAAUGAUCCAUAUUUGAAAUGCGUUUGUUUAAUUUCAGAAAUUCCAUUCGUUGGAUAUAUAAAGGUUUAGACACGGUGACUAAUAUCAGAAGUAAACUCUGCAUUGAUUAUCCACGAGAAGACGUCUUCGCAUGCAAAAGUCUAUGAUAUACGUUGAAGUCAGACCACCGUAACAGCGAUACCGUCGCUCUCGAACUGUGUCCUGUUGCUGUAUUAACGCUUGCACGCGCUGGUUAUCAUACGGUGAACCAACAACAUCUUUGUCUUGCGUUGUAGGCAUAUUUCAAAGUCUAGUUCGCUUUUAUGAGACUUUGGUUGACAAAUAGGCCCGAUUUGGAGGGCAAGGCGUAGAAAGAAGAAUAAUUACAACACGGAAUUGUGUAAAAUAUUUAAGUUACCUUAUUUGCAUGUUCUGCAAAGAUAAUAUGUCCGAGUACACGUCACUCAAUGAACAUCAGUAUCCAGACUGUUCGAAAUCAGCUGAUAUGAGUCCAAGGCCAGGUAUUCCUUCAACAACACCCUGUGAAGGAGCGAGAAAAACUUCACAAAGGAAAGACACUAAAGACUCUGGUUAUGGAGGAUGCUCGUCUGAAUGUGAGGAGGAGCAGCAACUAUUGCCAGAUUGGUGUUACCAGUGUUUGCAAAGAGGCGAAGCGAAUCAAGAUGGUGCAUGCAAGGAAGUCGAUGAUAAAAGGAACUGUGAAAGUGAUAAUGAGCAUAAGAAAAAAGACGCCUCUGAAGAAGGCAAACAAAACCUAAGCAAUGUGCAAACUGCCUGGAUGACCCGGUUUGAAGAUUUGGAACGUCUUGAUAUCCAAAGUGAGAAAUGCCAAAGUUUUAAAAGCAGAAAACCUACUAACGAUGACCAAGCUCUAAAUCAGAAAAUGGCAACCAAUGAAACUGGUGAAUUGAAGCCAAACAAAAGACAUCGAAGGAUGACACCUAUACCACUUUCAAAUCCAGUAAAAAUAAGCCUUGCUUCGAGACCUGAUUGUUUGUUUGUCGAAGAAGAAGACAUGGAAGACUUGACCAAUUUUGAUACAGAUAACGAUUUCGUUUAUCAAGGACUCUUCCAGCUUUCAACUAGUCCCAGAAGCAGUCCAAAGCAGCUAAAAAAAUCAAUCAAGUCUAAAGCAGUGUUUCACAAAAUGGAUGGCAAAGAGGAUACCGAAGUAUCAAAAACAGCCUCUCAAACAAGUUUUGAUGAAGUGCCGAAUUCUGAGCAAUUUGCUUUUGUGUCAGAAAGACAAGAAGUGACAGUUGUUGAAAAGAACAGUGACUUGUCCUCAGGAGCAAGUCCUGAAAGAAACUCCCCUACGACGACCCCUGAACUUCCAAGGUUGUACAUGCGAAGCAGAAGUGAGAACGAUGCUUGCCUCUUGUCAAACAGGACGUCGAGAAGGAGCCAGUUGUCAAGGAUUGAAAGUGAAGGUGAAGAAUAUUUUAGAGAGCACAUUGACAGAGAGCUGUUUGGCAUGUCGGAAUCUGAUUUCAAGAGUAAAGGUAGAAUGUCAACAAAUGAAAUACCCCACAUAGAAUUAGAGCCUGCUGCCUCGUUACCAGAUUGGAUGAAGGAGGCUAAAGCGGAGGAUAUAAGUAUCGAAUUAUCCACCGAGGAAAGCACUAAAAAUGACAGUAAGGGAUCAUGUGACACUGAAAAGCAACCGGAGCCAAGUGUUAGAAUGAGAAAUAAGGACAUGCGAUCAUCAUGGAAAUCAACAAAACAGUCAGGAAAUAUAGAUGAAGACGUAAUCAAAAUAUACACGCCACAAAAACACUAUGAGGGACAGAAGCCCAAGAGAAGCCGGAAGUUGACACCUGCAAGAGCAACUAGUCCUUCUUUAGAAAAACUUGCUGACUUGCAGAGUCAGGUAUUUGCGUUUACACUGGCAGAAAACGACAGUGACUAAAGCAUUAAUACUCAAGACGAUGUUCGUUGAUUUAAAAAUGAAAUUUAGAAAUAUGGGUCACGUAUACAAACAACUAAUGAAAUAUGUAUCAAAGAAAACAUUAUUAACUACAUUAGAUGCAGAGAUGUGUAAAAAUUAUCUAUGGUUGUUGGGUCUUAGUGAUUCGGCAGAUUUGUAAACUCGAGCAAGACUUUCUGUUGAUGAAAGGCAAUGUUGCUGAUAUCUUCUUCAUACAAGGCUGCCGCCCGCUAAGAGACGGAGAGAGGUACUGGUUGAAAUCUUGGAUGUACUCAUAAAUGAAAGUACUCAAAGCCGGCUUGUUAGUACGUUGUUGUUUCUCGGAAUUCCACUACGAAAGACUAACGAUAGACAGCUUAAAUUUUGACCAUUACGUUGGCAAAAGUACUUCAAGUCAGGAAGGAUGUUCUAUCAAGUAGGACCUACGUAUUUCUCUAAUCUAAACCCCUUCCCCCUUACUUCUAUCUUUCUGUCGUUUUUGUUUGUAAAUGUAUUGCAGGCAUCGGCAUACAAAACCUAACAGCAAUGAUCAUUGUUAAAUAAACAUGUUAAUAAUUAACAUGUUGUUAGAAUUUCAUUGAUUUUGAUUUAAGAUACGACUGGCAGCGGGCAGCCGUGUACCGCAGCCUUGUUAUAUAGACGUUUAGUACAAGCUGAAUGAGUUCAGAUUUUUCUCCCCUUCGGAUAGUGUCUUAUUGCAUCAAACCAGGUUAAAGUUAUUCUUUUGCUUUAAUUUUUUUCCGCUAACUAACUCCAUAUGAUGCUCUUGUGACUAUGGGAAGACCCGGAACGUGAUUGACAAAUCUGAUUUGGUGGACAGUUUUACGAACUUCUUGAAAGGCUCACCUGUAUCGGUAUGGAGUAAAUCUUUCAAUUUCUUGACCCUCCUAUGGUCUUUUUUUAUUGUCAGUAACUUGAUAUGUUUAGCAAAUUAGGUCUUAUCAGUAGUCAAGCAGUUGCAAACGCGCUCAAAAUCAGUUACUAUUUAAGUAAGCCCUUCAAAGACAAGAGAACACUCAAAUGAAAUACUACAUCGUAUUGUGGAUAUGUUUUUAACGUUGUUGAAAUGAUUCAAAUUAAAUAUUUAAAUCAAGUUGAAGAAAUAAAUGUAUAGUUGUUGAAAUUAAAUCCAGUUUGAGAGCUGGUUGGGGACUUAGUUGAGCUCCUUACGAUUGGAGAUUACAUAUUCGUUUAAAGCGAGACUGUCCAACUUCUUUCUAUCGUUAUCGAUUUAUUUUCUAUGACUUGGUACGAAAAUAUUCUCAGAGGCUCCACAGAACUUCUAUUCAAUGAGAUCGGCUUGAAACAGUUCACGUGAAUGCUUCUGAUACUUCUUAAUUCAAACUUGAUGUGCUUCUGGUGUUUAGGUGUUUUAGGGCUACGUUAUAUGAGCGAAUUUUUACGAAAUGAGGAAUUUUCAGGAAAUAUUCAGGCAGAGAAAAGGAUGAGACAUCAACAAAACAAGCUGUAUUUCAGUGAAUUCCCUAGAUUAUCCCUCUAUAACGUUGUCAGAAACCAGCCUAGACAACUCUCGAGAGAUGUCAUCUUUAGAUUGAGACGUAACAUCAAUUGAAUAGGAUCUCUUCUCUUGAGGCCCCGUGGGUCCUUAUACUAAGAGGUUGCCAUUGUUAUUUCUUGUCUCUAUUGUUUUGUAAAUAUGGCAUCUCAAAAUGUGUAAAUCAAAGUUAAUCUAGGGCUGCACGUGGCUGAAGUUCAAGCAGCAAGUGAUAGAUGGGAAAGAUACUUUCAUUAUGAAUAAAGCAGAAGAAGGCAAGGUAAGAGCUUGAUACAAUCGAAUCUCCGACUUGUCCUUCUCCACACUGAAAAACAGCGUGACAUAUUGAGGUAGUUAGUAUUCACAACACUUAUAUGCUAAUAGGCCAGUGCCAAUGGUCUUGUGUUUCUUUUCCUAUAAUAUUUUUUAACAUUUACUUCUGCAUUGUCUAGCAACCAACAAUGAUAAAAUUCAGCGAAUUGACAGGGUUUUAAAGACUCUACAAGAAUAGGUUUGAUAGCUAACAUUUUACGUUUGUUUCUAAUGGAUAUGUUUUUAGGGCUUUUGUGCUUCUAUUAUGAAAACUGGCAUCGUCAAAUCUCUGACCAGUACAAAGAUAUGUAUGGGAAGCUUCUUGUUGCUAGAAAGACUGUUGUCCCUACAAAUUUCAAAGGACUAGCACCCCUUAAAGCCCAGUUUAACAUCCCCAAAGUCUAACUUUUAAUAACCUUGCUUCAAUCCUGCAGAGCUUGACGAACAAACAAAAAAACAGGGAGGUUUGGCCAAAACAGGAAUAAAACCGGAUUUUUUUGGACUUAAUUAACAACAUACCUGUGAAACUUUGUGCCAAGCAGUUGAUGACAAAAAUUAUAAAACAAUUCUAAAAUAAAUUUCAAUGUUUUUUUUUUAAU